ACGCAAAAAGAAAAUUUUGUUCUCUGACGCAGAGUCUUAAUGCGAAUUUGAUUCCUUUGAGAUUCCCUUGUGCCAUUUCUCUUCAUAUUUUACCUCUCCUCUCCCCCUCUCUUCAUUCCCCAUUGCACCCAUACACCUGUUUUUCUCCAAUAUUACUUUCUUCAUUUAAAAUCCCUUGCUCAAACAAUGACGGCUCUAUCCGCUGAUAACUCUACGGGAAGCGAAAAUUGUCUUUCACAUCUUGCACCUCUAGAAGCCGUGCUAUUUGAUGUUGAUGGAACUCUCUGCGAUUCAGAUCCUCUCCACCACGAAGCCUUCCGUGAAAUGCUUCUGGAGAUUGGUUUCAAUGACGGGGUUCCAAUUACAGAAGAAUUCUUUAUUGAUAACAUUGCUGGAAAGCACAAUACUGAUAUUGCAAUGGCUCUCUUUCCUGACGAUUUGCCAAGAGGCAUGAAGUUCACAGAGGAAAAAGAAGCCUUGUUCCGGAGAUUGGCCAAGGAAAAACUGAAGCCAGUGAAUGGUCUGUACAAAUUGACUAAAUGGGUUGAAGAGCGUGGGCUGAAACGAGCUGCUGUUACUAAUGCACCAAAAGAAAAUGCUGAAGUCUUGAUCUCCCUCCUUGGCCUCAAAGAAUUUUUUCAUGUUGUCAUUCAAGGAACUGAUUGUGAGCAUCCCAAGCCGCACCCAGAUCCAUACCUAAAGGCCCUCGAAAUACUCCAGGUGUCCAAGGAUCACACAUUUAUUUGUGAGGACUCUGUUUCAGGGAUAACAGCUGGAGUCGCUGCAGGGAUGCCUGUCAUCGGUGUAACCACAAGAAACCCAGAACAUAUUCUGAUGAAAGCCAAACCUACCUUACUUAUAAAGGAUUAUGAGGAUCCAAAACUGUGGGCAGCUUUGGAAAAACUUGAUGAGGCUGGAGCUUCGGAUUGAAAAUUUACAUUCAUGGAUCAGUGAUUAGAAAAAUCCCAUCGCAGUACCUCCUAACAAAUUUGUUGUUUGAAGAGGUUCAGCACUAUUACUUUCUUACUCUUUAACAUCAUUAUACAGCCGAGGAUGAAAUUAUAAACUCUUAUAUGUUUUUCCAUUUUACCCCUAGAAAUUUAGGCCAGUGUUUACUUCGUCUGUAUCAGGUAACCAACUGGCCAGAUGGAUUUGAAGAAAGGAAUUCAUGUGAUGAAUUUAACUCACCAUAUCUUCUGUAAUUUAAGCCAAGCCAAGGAAAUAAAUGUAGAACUAUCACUUUUGAA